CUGGGCACAGCGGCAUGGGUCCGCCAGGGAAGCAGGCGCCCUUUCUGCUCCUCCUCCCAUUACUGUUUGUUUCCUGCCAUGGACGCAUAGUGAAGGUGCCUGUAGGUCCCUUAGUCCGAGUUGAAGGCACAACGGUGGUGAUUCCAUGCAAUGUUACUCAAUACGAUGGACCCAGUGAGCAGAACUUUGAUUGGGAGUUCUCUACAAAUCCUGCUCAGGACUCUAAAUUUGUACAUGUUGUGAGUACUUGGGACCCUUGGUUCACGUCUCAGGAGUAUCAAGAUCGGGUUAACAGAAAGGAGAUCACCUUGAAGCGAAAUAGCAACAAUACUGUGGAACUUGUGAUUGAAAACAUCCACUCUACCGACCAAGGGAUGUAUCGAUGCACUACACCCAGCACAGAUGCUGUCUUUCAGGGAAAUUACAAUGCUGUAGUCGAAGUCAAAGUGAUUGAAGAUGGCCUAACUCUCACUGGAUCAAUGGCACAUUCUACAGCCAUUUGGAACUUAUCAGAAGGCGACGCAUUUCAGUUGCGCUGCUCAGCUUCCACCAAUUCUUCAGAGCAUACGCACCUGUAUGUGACCUGGGAAUUUAAGAAUGGUUUUGCCUGGCAAGAAAUCCUUUCCCUGACGCAUGAGGGCAAGUUCCAGCCUGGUUUGGAAUAUACUGAGCGCUAUAUCAGUGGGGAUGUCCGCUUAGAUGCCAUGGCUGAUGACGUUUACCGCUUGUCUGUGUCCCAGGCUCUUCCAACAGAUGAGGGUGCCUACAGGUGUCGAGUCAGCGAGUGGGUGAAAGGUGCAGAUGGCUCAUGGCAAAAGAUCCAAGAGAAAACUGCUGAUGUAGCAAAUGUUGUGGUGCAGCCAACAGCUCUAGGUGUGUUCAUCACUAGAAACAAUGUAUCUGUGACAGACAGGGAUUCCCUUGACCUUACCUGCAACUUCACAACUGACAGAAGUGGCAUCUUCCAAGCUGAAGUCACAUGGUACUUCAGUGAGUCCCAGGAUACUACUCUGGCAGAUGCUCAGGUUUUGCUGAGUGUGGACCGUGAUUCUGUAGUUAGUGACUCUACCCUCAUUAGUCUCAGCCAUGUGGACCGAAGUUCUUACCACCUGUUGGUACGUGAUGUGGGCCCUGAAGAUUCUGGCUAUUACUUCUGCCAAGCAGCUCUCUGGGUACCACAGCAUAAUGGAAGCUGGCACAAGGUAGCAGAGAGAACAUCUAUGCCAGUCACUGUGCAGGUGGUGGCUUUGGAGCCAAAUUACCAGGUGUUUCUGAAUGCAUCUAAAACACCUACCUUUUCAGAGGAUCCCACAGAACUGGAAUGUAGGAUUAUGGAGGCACAGAACACAGAAGGAAACAUACGUUUCACAGUAUCCUGGUAUUAUAGAUGGCCCAUUCGCACUGAUGAAGUGCUAAAAGAUGAACUUCUUGCCACCAUGGAUGCAGACUGGACGCUGAUAGUUGGGGACAAAAACAAACAACGAGCCCAGAAUGGGGGAAUUAUUUUCUCUAAGCCAGCUGUGGACACUUUCCGCUUACGAAUCCAGUGGACAUCUGAAGCAGACAGAGGAGACUACUAUUGUGUAAUUUCUUCAUGGAGCCGGCAGCGCAACAACAGCUGGAUAAAAAUCAAGGAUGUGGCUUCCAUGCCUGUAAGCAUUUUAUGGUCUUCACAAGAUUAUACCCUGACUGUAGAGGCUGUGAAGCUGAAGCCGUUCUUCAUGGCUGGGCACACCUUUGAAAUGACAUGCAAGGUAUCUUCUCAGAACAUCAAGACUCCUCGUUACUCAGUUCUCAUUACAGCUGAAAAACCUCUGAAUGACCAAUCAAAUCCUAAUGGGACCACCCGCAUAAUUUCUCUCAAUCAAGAUUCAGUUGUCAGACGGGAAGACUGGACAGAUCAGGAUCGAGUGGAUGGAGUAGUCUUGGAAAAGGUCCAGGAGAAUGAGUUUCGCUACAGGAUGUACCAGACCCAGGUUUCUGAUGCUGGGCUGUAUCGUUGCGUAGUGACUGCAUGGUCACCAGGGGGUGGAGGCAUGUGGCGAGAAGCAGUCAAUGGUUUAUCCAAUCCCAUCCAGAUAGACUUCCAGAGUUCAGGACCUGUUUUUAAUGUCUCCGUGCAUUCCGAUAGUCCAACCAUUUAUCGAGGUGAAUUGGUGAAUUUGAUUUGCAUAAUCACUGUUGAAGACACAGUAUUGGAUCCAGAUGACAUGUCUUUUGAUGUUGCCUGGUUUGCCAUGCGCUCAGUUGCAAUAGACAGAGACUCAGUUUUUCUAGCUUCAUUGGAUCGGAAUGGGAUAGUAACCCAGGCCAGGAGAAAUGGGAGCAGUGAUGUCAGUUUGGAGAGAAUCAGUCACCUGGAAUACCGUCUUAGAGUUCAUGGCUGCGAGGACCAAGACUUUGGCAACCAUUACUGCUUGGUAACUCCCUGGGUCCGAUCAGCUGCGGGUGUAUGGCAACGGGAGAUGGAAAUCAAAUCUAAGCCAAUACUUGUCACUGUGAAAAUGGAUGUGCUGAAUGCUUUCAAAUAUCCACUGUUGAUUGGCAUUGGUCUGUCCACAGUCAUUGGACUCUUAUCCUGUCUGAUUGGUUACUGCAGUUCCCGUUGGUGUUGCAAGAAAGAAGUUCAAGAAACAAGGCGAGAGAGACGCCGACUUAUGUCUAUGGAAAUGGACUAAAUAUGAUCCCAAGAGGUGGAUGUACACGUUUUGGGGAGUGAAGGGAUUUUGGAAGCCUAUGGCUACUCAGACUUGUGUCUGUCAAACCAAAAUACCCUGACAACAAAACCAUCUGAUCUUGUCCUGGGCCUACAGCUGCUCUUUUUUCUACCAGUGUUUCACAUUGAGAGCACAUGUUGUGUUCGUCUGCGUUUAGCUCUUCUUCCAAUGGCACUUCUUAUAGGGAUAGUUUUUCUCACAGUCAAACUGUUCCACAGUGUUCUUCCAACAGGCCUUUAGCUGAGAUCGACUAUCAAAACUUGUAUUCAUAAAGUAUUUUUCUUUGGUGUUGAAUAGGAAGAUAGAAGAGUUCAGAGAAAAUAACUGACUUCCUUAUGACCAGCUGACCUCUAGUUAACAUCUCUAGAGAAGGAAGGGAGUUGUUUCCAUAAUUUAGACAUAUCUAAUGGAGAAAUACCCUUUCUUAUUGAUGGAAUUGGCAUUCACACUAAGCUAAAAUGUGGAUUGUAGUCUCUGAGGCCUGUAUUUUCAAAAUGGCGCUGAUUUAGCGCCCUGAAAACUGUCCCUUAGAAAACAGACAACAGUGCACACCUUCUGCUAUAGUUCCAUCCACCACACUUCCACUGUGCUUCAUAUAGUAUCCACUAUUAUUCUGGUAAGAGGUAUUUAAAUAUCUCUGCCCUGCUUGUUACUAAAGAUUUCAACAAGAAGUUCUAGCAAAUUCACUAUGUUGGCUGCUUUUGCCUAAUGAAUGCUUCAUCCCUUGAAACUGGAUGGAGACUGCUAGAUGUUCUUAUAUAGAUCACAGGCCCAAGAACCUGGUGACCAGAAGGUCUAAAAUUGAGGUAGAAAUUCUGCUUAUCCGGACAACCCUAAAUUGGGGGCAAAGCUUUGGCUGAUUGCAGCUAAUAGUGUGAUGUGAACUGUGAGAAAGUAAGGUGAGCCAUAACAGAGAACCCCACAGACCAGCAAACAAGUAAUCCACACCUUGUGGUUGCAUAAAGUUAAACAUAUUAUGAGAUCUUCAACUAGAUUUUGACAUUGCAGAAAUUGGUAAUUGUAACUCAGGGUAAGGAUGAGAAAGGAUGAAUGAAAUGGAUAAAAUUCAUGUGGAAGAGAACGCUGUUUUCCUGAAUAUUAUUUGUGCACGUCACAAUGCCGAGGCCUACAAACUACAAAGUCCAUUCAGUAGGAAUAUGAUAAAUUAUCAAUCAUGGGACUCUUCAUUGCUAUAAUAGAGAGACCUAGACCUUGUCUUCCAUAUACCCUUUUUCUCUCACAUUCAAGGAGGUGCCCCUGUAAGGAAGCUUCUUCAUCUUUCCGUGCAGCUAGUAUUUCUAAGCAAUAAGAAGUCAGAUCAUUGGUAUAUUACAAAAAGCAUUUGUUAAACAUACAUGACUUGACUCAAACUAAGAUUGAAAAUUCAAGGAACAAGCAAAUAACUAUCCUUCUCUAUUGUGCUUGAGGAUUAAGAGCAAAUGCUGUUCAUCUGCCCAAGUACAUUGAUCAAUGUGAAUUGAAUGGCACUGUACACAGGGGGGGCAUGCAGAAUGUUAUGCAUUUAGACAGACCAGUGUAAAAAUUUCCUGUUUAAGUGGUCCAUUUUGUAUAUUCAUCUGAAGGUAUGGAAAAUAAGCACAAAUCACCAGUUUGUGCAUAGUUUCCCAUUCAGCUUGCAUUGACUCCAUUUAUAAUUCUUAAAAAUCCAUCUUGACAUCAAGCUCACGAACGAAAACUUAAGGUUAACUCUAAUCUGCAAUGUUCUUGGGGGAGUGUCAAACCAUAACCAUGCUGGGAAACUGUCUUUUUUAAACUAUGCAGUAUCUGCUGAAUUAUUUGUGUCCCCUUUCAGUAAUUAUGGUGCUGGCUCAUGCCCCUAUUACCUAAUGUGGUUAAGUUUGUGAGAAUAGCUCAGUUUGAAGGCUUUAAUUCGGAGAUAUCCAAACUGAGGUUCCAGAAAGAAUGUUGACCUUGAGAGCUGUAGGAAUUCACUGGAAAUCUGAGAACUCAUAAAGUGAGUAGAAUCAACAGAGUUGGAGCCAUCCAAAAGUUUGAGGUGGCUGAGCACAAUGGCCUGCCCUUUGAAGGGGCUUCUCCUGGAGAAACUGCAUUGUACUUCAUAUUCUGAGUGUUGCCCCAGUUAGCUUACAUGGUUUAAUUUGGAAUACCACCCAUCUAAACAUCCCAGACAUCCUAACAUUUUAUGUUAUGAUCUAAUAUUCCAGUUGCUUUUUCUACUUUGUAAGUUCAGAUUUUUUUAAAGAAAAGUCAAGAAACAAUUAUUUAAAGCACAAAUUACUUCAUGCAUGUUUUAUGUCUUGUGUCUUUCUGCUCUCACAUUGAGGAAUAAAUAUUUUAAUGCAAUAAUUGUGGAAUAAUUGAGCCCAGGAAAGUUUAAUUCUACGUAAACACUUGUUGCAUGCUGGCAUUUUCUCUCUAUGGAAAGAAACUCAGGGUUAUCUUGGUUAAGGAAUUCCUUGCCUUUUAUAGCAGGCUUCCUGACCCACAUGUUGCCCACUCUUCCUAGUUCAUAGGGCAAUUAUUUCCCUUUAAAAUGAAAUUGGCUUGUAGGUCCCAAAGCCUUCCUUUUGAUUUGAGUUGAUGCUUCAUCCCCUGUAUUUAACUAUUUCAAUAGUACCAUUGCAACAGUCUCCUUCCAAUUGUGCCAAUUUUAUAUUAUUCCUCUUUUUAAAAAGUAGAACUUCUGUCUCUAGAAAACAUUUGUCACUCCUGUUUUGUGUUAACUCUCUCCGGUAUCUCUGUGGAGAAAGAAUUGUAUGGGAUUCAGUUAGAUGUUUAGCAGUGCUUGUAAGAGUUGCAAUCAUGGAAUAAACAGUCAAGUAUUCUAAGGGCUUCUGUCAAUCCUGAUUUGUCUCUUUCCAUGCUUCCAGCUCACAGUUGGGAAUUCAGGACACUUGGAACUUAAAUCGGGUAUCAUUUCCAAAGUAGCUUACUUCAAGGAUCAGAAAUAUUUUUGUUUUGAAGAGAGGUUUUAGGCACAGCUCUGGAAGCUUUUAAAGAAACAUGUUCAGCAAGGUUUUGGAAGAAAGGAGUUGAACAGUUGUAAUGAUGCUGUGUAAUGUGUUUUUUUUUACAUUGAAAAUAAAUUGUCUUUUUA